AUGUCUCAAAAGGAAGUGUCUAGUGUUCCAAGUGUCUUCAACACCAUUUUGGUGCUGGACUUCGGUUCGCAAUACUCGCAUCUGAUCAUCCGUCGUCUUAGAGAGUUGAACGUGUACGCGGAAAUGCUGCCAUGCACUCAGAAGAUCUCUGAGCUUCCAUGGAAGCCUCAGGGUGUGAUUCUCUCUGGUGGACCUUUCUCGGUGUACGAGGAGGGCUCUCCACACGUUGAUCAUGACGUUUUCAAGCUGAAUGUGCCAAUCCUGGGAAUUUGCUACGGUAUGCAAGAGCUUGCCUGGAUCAAUGGUAAGGGCGUUUCCAGAGGUGACAAGCGCGAAUACGGUCCAGCCACUUUGAAUGUACAAGACAACGCAUGUCCAUUGUUCACUGGUGUUGAUCACUCGCAAGUGUGGAUGUCUCACGGUGACAAGUUGAGUGCUUUGCCAACUGGUUUCACCACCGUGGCUACCUCUGACAACUCUCCAUACGCCGCCAUCGCACACGAGUCCGAGAAGAUCUAUGGUAUCCAAUUUCACCCAGAAGUUACCCACACUGCCAAGGGUACUCAGCUGUUGAAGAACUUUGCCGUAACCAUCUGUGGUGCUGCUCAAAACUGGACCAUGGAGAACUUCAUCGACACCGAGAUCAAGAGAAUCAGAGCUCUUGUGGGCCCAACUGCCGAGGUUAUUGGAGCCGUUUCUGGAGGUGUUGACUCUACUGUUGCUGCCAAGUUGAUGAAAGAGGCCAUUGGCGAGAGAUUCCAUGCCAUCUAUGUUGACAAUGGUGUCAUGAGAAAGAACGAGACAGUGACUGUCAAGAAGACUCUAGACGAAGGUCUGGGAAUCAACCUGACUGUUGUUGAUGCCGGUGACGAGUUCCUCGGCAAGCUCAAGGGAGUAACUGACCCUGAGAAGAAGAGAAAGAUCAUUGGUAACACCUUCAUCGAAGUGUUCGAGAAGGUUGCCGAGGGUAUCAAGCCAAAGGACGGAUCCGAGGUUGAGUUCUUGUUGCAAGGAACUUUGUACCCGGACGUUAUUGAGUCCAUUUCCUUCAAGGGUCCUUCCCAGACCAUCAAGACUCACCACAACGUAGGUGGUCUCUUGGAGAACAUGAAGCUCAAGCUAAUUGAGCCAUUGAGAGAGCUGUUCAAAGAUGAAGUUCGUCACUUGGGUGAACUUCUUGGAGUUCCCGAAGAUCUUGUCUGGAGACACCCAUUCCCUGGCCCAGGUAUCGCCAUCCGUGUUCUUGGAGAAGUCACCCCUGCCCAAGUCAAAAUCGCUCGUGAGGCUGACUAUAUCUACAUCGAAGAGAUCAAGAAGGCAGGCCUCUACAGACAGAUUUCUCAGGCAUUCGCGUGUCUGCUGCCAGUCAAGUCUGUCGGUGUGAUGGGUGACCAGAGGACCUACGAACAGGUUAUUGCACUUAGAGCCAUCGAGACCACAGACUUCAUGACAGCCGAUUGGUUCGUCUUUGAGGCUGCUUUCCUGAAGAAGGUCGCUUCUAGAAUCGUCAAUGAGGUUGACGGUGUUGCCCGUGUGACCUACGAUAUCACAUCCAAGCCACCGGCAACCGUGGAAUGGGAGUAG